AUGUCGUCAAAUAUUCUCGCUGGCACGGCUCCGCCGUCGGCCUACCUGGCGUUGGCUGUGACGUUCGUCGCCCUUGCCUACUGGCUGCUGGCGCGCGACAGCCGCCUCAAGCACCUCCCGCCGGGCCCAAAGGGUCUCCCAUUAAUUGGCUCGAUGCUUGAGAUGUCUGAUAUCGACAGCAUGCCCAAGCGUGCGGCCGAAUGGGCACGCGAAUACGGCGAGAUUUUCCACACCAAAGUUGGCCUUGAGCACUACAUCUGGCUCUCUUCGCCUCAGGCCGUCAAGGACCUCAUGGAUAAGCGCGGCAAUAUCUACUCAUCACGUGCUCAUGCACCCAUGAUCAACCUUGUUUCCAACGAGAACAGGGUCAACUUCAUGCCCUACAACGACAAAUGGCGCAAGGUCCGCAACCUGCUGCAUGCUGCUCUGAACCUUGAGACAUCCGUCAUGUACAAGCCGGUGCAGGACUUUGAGACGAAGUCGGUCCUUUGGGAACUGCUCCACGUCAAGGACGACCACGAGUUCUACAACAUCAACCGCCGGUACUCGGCCAGCGUCAUCAUGCUCGUCACGUACGGACGCCGCAUUACCAGCUGGGCUGAUCCGCUCUACGACGAGAUCUUCACCAUCAUCCGGCACUUUACCCUCGCGUCCGCUCCCGGCGUCUGGAUCGCCGAUACCGUGCCGUCACUCGCCAAGUACAUUCCGUCGCGGUUGCUGCAGAACUGGAAGAACAUUGGCAGAAAGUGGCAUGAGGAGGACGCCAAAGUCUACAUGCGGCUGUACAACGACUGCUUGGAGAAGAUCAAGGACGGCACCGCACCUGACUGCUUCAUCAAGGACAUCGAAACCAUCGGGACCCGCAAGAACAACGUCGGGCCUGAGUUGGCUGCAUACACGGCCGGCGCUCUCAUCGAAGCGGGCAGCGAUGCGACAACCACUGCACUAAAUAACGUCAUUCUGGCAUGUCUGCUGUAUCCGGAAGUCGUGGAAAAGGCUCACGAGGAACUUGACCGGGUGGUUGGCAAGGACAGGAUGCCCACCUUUGAUGAUGAGCCCAAUCUCCCCUACAUCCGAGGUUUCGCAAAGGAGACGCUGCGUUGGCGUGCCACCACCAAGGUUGGCACCUGCCACGCCACGACAAAGGAUGACUGGUACAAGGGAUACUUUAUUCCAAAAGGAGCGGUGGUGGUUCUGAACUGGUGGGCCCUUCACUACGACACGGAGCGUUUCGAAGAUCCCGACCGCUUUGAUCCAUCCCGCUACAUCGACGACCCGCUCACGCCGGCCGAGGCCAUGAACUCCCCCGACCCGAUGGCGCGCGGCCACUUCACUUUUGGCGCCGGUCGCCGGUACUGCCCGGGCAUCCACGUUGCGCACAACUCGCUCUUCAUCAACAUCGCCCGCAUCCUGUGGGCUUACAACAUUCGGAAGUCUGUCGAUGGCAACGGGAAUGUGCUCGAGCCGCCGCUGAACGCCGAGCCGGGCUUCCUCCUGACUCCGGUCAAGUUCCCCUGCCACUUUGAGAUCCGCAGCCAGCAGCACGCCGACAUCGUUGAGAAGACGUGGGCUGAGGCGCAGAGGGAGGGAUUGGACAUGAGGAAAUUGAGGGAAAAUGCUGGGGUGAAGAAAGACUAA